CCCCGAGUGUAUUACCACACAAGGUCAAACGCACGUGCGUCUGCCGGCUGUCAUUCAGCAGUCUCUGCGUGGAUAGAGUGGAUUUAACUACCUUCGCGCUUGCUUGCGGCUUCAUAAUAAUAACUGGGGAUUGAUUGCAGUUACGAUAAACUUUUGGAAUGGCAAGAGGAAGUCGCAGUCGUCCUUCAUCGGCACCAGCGAGUGCUCCUGCCCCAUCCUACGCUCCAGCCCCAGCAUCACCUCCACCGGUGGCAAUGGCCCCUGCCACGGCCCAGCCCAAGCAGCCAGGUCUCAUGGCCCAGAUGGCCACCACGGCUGCUGGAGUGGCAGUCGGCUCAGCCGUAGGGCACGUGGUGGGCGGUGCCAUCACAGGUGCUUUCAGCGGAGGCAGCAGCAGCUCAGAGGCACCCAAACCAGCACCCACAUAUCAGGAGCCCUCGCGACUUCCACCCUCUCAGUCUGGCCCGUGUCUCUUCGAGGUGAGGCAGUUUCUGGACUGUGCCACGAAUCAGGCUGAUCUGAGCUUGUGUGAAGGCUUCAAUGAAGCUCUUAAGCAGUGCAAACUCUCACAUGGUGUAUCGUCUCUCGUGUGAUGGAGAACAUGGAAGAUAUAAACACUAAAUGUAGUCAAAUAUUGGUCCUGAAUAUCAAUAUUUCCAGUAGUCAAUGUGAAUUAUGUAUGUUUAUAGUUUUGAAAUACACAUUCGUACUUCUGAAUGUCUGAUCAUGUUAAUGAGAUUGUACAAUUAAAUACUAUUACAAUA